UGUAACAGCAGCAGCCGCCCUCAUAGUACUAAGCAGCCGGCCAGCAGCGGGGAGACAGCUGGCCACCAUGACUAAGCUGUGACGCUGUCGCUGCCAUGUUGUAAGACUCAGAACGUGCCUUAUGACUGAGGCCCUACGCCACCCCGGGGCACACACUCAGCAGCUUGCGGAUUGGCUGCGACCAGACUGUGUGGGUGGGGACAGGGGUGGCCCCGCCUACAGCGCUGUAUAGACACAACGCUCCCACACACACAGCGAACACUCAGUCAGGGGGAGAUAGGCGGUCAUCGCACGCGUGGCGCUGCCGGGACACGGGCGGCUCUCCGUGGCAGCAUAGCCUGGUGGUGGUGGCGGCUCAAGCGGAAGAGGACGGGUUCACACGGCGGAAGGAUAUAACGUCACUCUAGCUUUUAUUCUAUCACAAUACUCCACAGACAAAGGAGAGGGCAGAGCGGACCCGUGUGAGGAGGACGUACCCCGCUGCCCGGCUGCUGCCCGAUCAUCAUAGAAAGAUGGCUCAAGAGACAAACCAGACUCCAGGACCUAUGCUGUGCAACACAGGAUGUGGCUUUUAUGGAAAUCCCAGGACAAAUGGAAUGUGCUCUGUGUGCUAUAAAGAACAUCUUCAAAGGCAGAACAGUGGCAGAAUCAGCCCAAUGGGAGCAGCCAAUGGUUCAAGUAGUCCUACCGCAGAAUCUGCAGCAAUACAGAGAGUAGAGACUGUACUAAACAACUGUGAAAGUGAUGGCAGCCAGUCUGACAAAUCAAGAAAUGUGGCGGCCUUGCCUGUAACUCAGCAAAUGACAGAAAUGAGCAUUUCAAGAGAAGACCAUGUGACCUCUCCAAAAACAGAAACCUCAGAGCCAGUUGUGACUCAGCCAAGUCCAUCGGUAUCUCAGCCAAGCACAUCCCAAAAUGAUGAAAAGGCGCCAGAGCUCCCAAAACCAAAGAAGAACCGGUGUUUUAUGUGCCGGAAGAAGAUUGGUCUUACAGGGUUUGACUGCCGUUGUGGGAAUCUGUUUUGUGGACUUCAUCGUUACUCUGAUAAGCACAACUGCCCUUAUGACUAUAAAGCAGAGGCUGCAGCAAAAAUAAGGAAAGAAAACCCUGUUGUUGUGGCAGAAAAAAUUCAAAGAAUAUAAACCGCAAUUUGUGAAGA